AUGGCGACCACAGGCCGCGUCAAAACGUACGCUGGUGCUCUCAAAACAUUCCUCAAUGUUGCCCCAGUUCCCGCCUACAUGUUCCCCAGCAGUCAGGAAAAACAAAUGGACAUAGAAGCAGAGGAGGACCAUGGAAAUGAUAAACCGUGGCAUUGCCUGCCGUACCACAUUCUGGUCACAAUCUGUCGCUUCCUCCAGGAGCGAGAGCGCGGCAAGAUGGGCGCGGUGUGCCGGUCUUGGCGGGAAGCCUCCCAGAACCCGGGCCUGUGGCGGAGUCACGUGUUCUAUCUGUACUCUCACUCCGAGGCGCCGCGAGGGCUGAGCUGGCUGCAGGCGAGAGGGCAUAAUCUCCGUCACGCCACAGUCAUGUGCCUAGGCCACUUCGACAAGCCCAAAGAACAGUUCCUCCGGGCGCUCCAGCGCUCUGACCUCAUCGACCUUGACCUUAACGGCACGGCCUACUGGUGGUCAUCCAGCGGCUCGGUGACCUCUGCCGGAAGGGUCAUGGCCAGGAUCGUGAGGCUGCUCAAGACACAACGACAGCUGGAAGGGUUUCAGAUGAGACAGGCUAUGCUGGACUACCAGACGGGGCUAGGGAUUCUGGACACUUUGGCCGUGUCUUCGGGGUCUUCUAUUGUACGGCUAGGUCUGGAGGAUUUCUUCGGUGACGAUCUGUCCUCCUCUGCCCACGCCAUGCCUCAGAGGUUUGCUCACACCAUCACGCGCUUCACCCGGCUCAGUGAACUCACCGUCAACUAUGAGUACCUCACAGACGAACUGCUCUUGUGGUUCGCGCGGACUGACAGGUUGGGGGACGUUACAUGA